CUCAACAUGGAAGACGUAACACCGUAACAGCCAGGUCCCGCCGUCAGUAGAGUCUGGUGCCACAAGAACGUCUGAACCGCUCGCUAUACCCCCUGCCUGCCUGUCUGUCUGCCAACCCCGGCCAUCUCACCCGAUCCCGCAAACGCUCGCCAACCUCCACACCGCUUGGUCGGUCCAUCCUCGCGCUCCCUGUGCCCUCGUCUCCACGCGUCGAGCCAGCCUCCCUCAACAACCUACCUCUCUCUCCACACAACCAACUUCUUCAAAGAUGACGAGGACUGGGUUGGUCGUAGUGGUGGCGCUGGUAGUACUGGCGGCCGCGCUCACCCAAGCUCGCUACCUCCCCACCAGGGCAGACGACACCCGCCUUGACGAAAUCAGAGAACUGCUCAGAGAGAUGCUGGAGCGCACAGCUGAAGGAGCCAACAGCAGGAUCAGCGGCUCCGGUUACGACAAGCGGUUCAUGUACAAGCGAUCAGUCCCCGAAGAAGGCGCAGCCGAGAUGGUGCAGCCUGCCCUCAACCUCCCACAGUAACUCUCCUCACUCGUCAACCCCGCUCACCUCUCAACGAGAUACACCAAUCCACAACGGCCUCAUUAACAAAACCUUAAAGCUUUUAUUUGUUCUCUCAGCCACCAAUACCAAAUGAAACUUGUGUUCAUAGACAAAGAAAUAUGUAACUAGAUAAAUUGGAGUUUUUGUAACACAUUAAUUUAUUCAGAAUCACAAGUAUGUGUGUAGACAACCUGGCAGGUAUACCGAAUUCUGUGUUCAGCUCUUUAACUUUAUUACUCACUCAAAUAAACGUUUCCCCUCCCGUCCUCAACAACCAUUAGCUCCUCAAAAUCCCAAGUCCCCCCCUGUGAAGGAUGACCCCGUUGAGUCUUUACAGCGACGGUGCGCCCCGCCUUCCUCUUCCUCCUCCUCUCUGUAUUUCUGCAUUUCUCCUUUAUCCCAAGUCUGUACAUCCAUUCCUGUCUGAUUCUCUCACCUCCCUUUCCUCCUUAGUUCCAUCCUCUCCCUCAUCCUUAUCUUCUAUGUUUUUCUCUCACCCCGGUCAGGUACUUUACGAACGCCAAGUGGUUUCAACACCGAUAAAAAUACCACAAAAAUAAGUCUCCUGAUUCAAACAUGUGUAAACUGUUUCAUUAUAGAGCAGACGACACGAGGAAACUGACGUCACCUGGGUUUUCACCUUUACCAUGUGACCUUGCUGGAGCUACGCCUGUAAGGUCCCACGCCACUCUCACCCUACCUACUGGGCCUUGAGGAAGCUUUCACAACAAAUAGAAUCUGUUAAUAUGCACUCCUGUAACUCCCCUUCUCCUGGGACAGUGAGCGACUGCCUCAUUUACUAUAUCUGUUUGUGUUGAUAUUUUAAUAAAUAUAAUGAUAUGUGAAUAUAAUAUUAUACGUAUUAUAUUCUGGUGUUGCUUCUUGACUGUCAUCUGUGUCUCUAAGAUAUCUACGUCUAGAGCAGUAAUAAAAAUGUACUUUUUUCAACCACAUAAAGUCCAUGAUCAUAUAGAGGCACUGCGGGCGACCCACUAUGUUUACCUUGACCUUCACAGCUUCAUUGCAGUUCCUUGAUAGCGAGGUCCGCCGCCGUACGGAACCCUCACAAUAUCACUACUCACUACCAGAACUCCUACCCUUCUGUUCACCUGCCAAAGACCCACCUAAACGUAACUCAAAGAAUGAUAACAGCUGUAUUUAAAAAACAUCAUGAGUGAAGGAGCUGCAAGGGAAUUAUCAGUGAAUGUUAAAAUAAAAGUAUAUGUAAUGAUAAGAAUAUAUUUUUCUCCCUCCUUGGUUGUGGGGAGCGAGCAUGAGCCAGGUCAGCAGGUAGGCUGGCUGGCUCUCCACGGUAUCAUGCAGGUAAUGGGACGUUGUAUUAUGUACAGUCAAACAUAAGCCAUCCAGUGUCCUUUAAAGAUGUUUCCUGUUGAUGUCGUGUACACGUGUAGCAGGUGCCAUACUUCACACCCUGCUUCAGGAGUUACGGUGUGACACUUCCUCUGAAGGAAGCUUCACACUAUCUCCCGCGGCAGGUGUAGAAGGCUGUGUCGGCUGCUACAUUCAGCUGCACGCUGCUGCUCACUCUUGUAGGCUGCACCGUACACUGUUCUCUCUCUCCCAAUUAGUUAUCACAAUAAAUUUUCUCAGGCUGGAUAA